AGCCAGCGGCUCCAGGGGACUCCAAGGACUGACUGGUAUCCACCUCAGAUUCCAUAAGAGCCCAGGUUCCAGCUUUCUUUCCAGGUGUGCAACAAGUGAAGCGCCACCAUGAGCACGGACGCAGAGAUGGAGUGUUAUGGCCCGGCGGCCGUUUUCCUCCGGAAGCCAGAGAGAGAGAGGAUUGAGGCCCAGAACAAGCCCUUUGAUGCCAAAACAGCCUAUUUUGUGGCUGAACCCAAAGAGAUGUACGUCAAAGGUACACUCGUGAGCAAAGAGGGUGGCAAAGCAACCGUUAAGACUGAUGACGGGCAAACACUAACUGUUAAGGAGGAUGACAUCCACCCCAGGAACCCUCCAAAGUUUGACAAAAUGGAGGACAUGGCCAUGAUGACCCACCUCAAUGAACCUUCUGUGCUGUUUAACCUCAAAGAGCGUUAUGCAGCAUGGAUGAUCUACACCUACUCUGGGCUGUUCUGCGUCACUGUGAACCCCUACAAGUGGCUCCCAGUGUACGAUCCUGUUGUUGUAGCUGGCUAUAGAGGCAAGAAAAGAAUUGAGGCCCCUCCACACAUCUUCUCCAUCUCUGAUAAUGCCUAUCAGUUCAUGCUCACAGAUCGUGAAAACCAGUCAGUCCUGAUUACUGGAGAAUCUGGUGCUGGAAAGACUGUCAACACCAAACGUGUCAUCCAGUACUUUGCGACAGUUGCAGUUUCUGGACAAAAGAAAGCAGAGCCUGUGCCUGGCAAAAUGCAGGGUUCUCUGGAAGAUCAAAUCGUUGCGGCGAACCCACUGCUGGAGGCAUAUGGUAACGCCAAGACUGUGAGGAAUGACAACUCCUCUCGCUUCGGUAAAUUCAUCAGAAUCCAUUUCGGAACCACAGGAAAACUGGCUUCCGCUGAUAUUGAAACUUAUCUGCUGGAAAAGUCAAGAGUAACUUUCCAGCUGUCAGCUGAGAGAAGCUACCACAUCUUCUAUCAGCUUAUGACUGGCCACAAACCAGAGCUGCUCGAGGCACUUCUCAUCACCACCAACCCCUACGACUACCCCAUGAUCAGCCAAGGCGAGAUCACUGUGAAAAGUAUCAAUGAUGUGGAAGAGUUCAUUGCCACAGAUACUGCCAUUGACAUCUUGGGCUUUAAUGCUGAGGAGAAGAUAGGCAUUUACAAACUGACUGGUGCAGUGAUGCAUCAUGGGAACAUGAAGUUCAAGCAGAAGCAGCGAGAGGAGCAGGCUGAGCCUGAUGGCACUGAGGUGGCAGAUAAAAUCGCCUACCUCAUGGGCCUGAACUCAGCUGACAUGCUGAAAGCUCUCUGCUACCCCAGAGUGAAGGUCGGAAAUGAGUUUGUCACCAAGGGGCAGACUGUACCUCAGGUCAACAAUGCAACUAUGGCUCUCUGCAAAUCUGUCUAUGAGAAAAUGUUCUUGUGGAUGGUGUUUCGCAUCAAUGAGAUGUUGGACACAAAGCAGCCGAGACAGUUCUUCAUUGGUGUCCUGGACAUUGCUGGAUUUGAGAUCUUUGAUUUCAACACCUUGGAGCAGCUGUGCAUCAACUUCACCAACGAGAAACUGCAACAGUUCUUCAACCACCACAUGUUUGUUCUGGAACAAGAGGAGUACAAGAAAGAGGGGAUUGAGUGGGAGUUCAUUGACUUUGGUAUGGACUUGGCUGCCUGCAUUGAGCUUAUUGAGAAGCCAAUGGGCAUCUUCUCCAUCCUUGAAGAGGAGUGCAUGUUCCCUAAGGCUACAGACAUUACCUUCAAGAACAAGCUGUACGACCAACAUCUUGGCAAAGCUGCUUGCUUCCAGAAACCCAAACCUGUCAAAGGCAAACCAGAGGCCCACUUCUCCCUGGUGCACUAUGCCGGCACAGUGGACUACAACAUCAUCGGCUGGCUGGACAAGAACAAGGACCCCCUGAACGACUCUGUAGUGCAGCUCUACCAGAAGGCUGCACUCAAACUUCUGGCUCAUUUGUACGCGGCUCAUGCUGGAGCAGAAGAGGCUGGCGGCAAGAAGGGCAAGAAGAAGGGUGGUUCCUUCCAGACUGUGUCUGCUCUCUUCAGGGAGAACUUGGGCAAGCUCAUGACCAACUUAAGAAGCACCCACCCUCACUUCGUACGUUGCUUAAUUCCUAAUGAGACAAAGACACCAGGUCUCAUGGAGAACUACCUGGUCAUCCACCAGCUCAGGUGUAACGGUGUGCUGGAGGGUAUCAGGAUCUGCAGAAAGGGAUUCCCCAGCAGAAUCCUCUACGGUGACUUCAAACAAAGAUACAAAGUACUGAAUGCCAGUGUCAUCCCUGAGGGACAGUUCAUCGACAACAAGAAGGCUUCAGAGAAACUCUUGGGGUCAAUUGAUGUGGACCACACUCAGUACAAGUUUGGACACACCAAGGUGUUCUUCAAAGCUGGUCUGCUGGGCCAGCUGGAGGAGAUGAGAGAUGAGAAGUUGGCAACAUUGGUCACUAUGACUCAGGCAUUGUGCCGAGGUUACGUCAUGAGGAGGGAGUUUGUGAAGAUGAUGGAAAGGAGGGAGUCCAUUUAUUCUAUCCAAUACAACAUCCGCUCAUUCAUGAAUGUGAAACACUGGCCAUGGAUGAAGCUGUACUUCAAGAUCAAGCCUCUUCUGAAGAGUGCAGAAGCUGAGAAGGAAAUGGCCAACAUGAAGGAGGAGUUUGAAAAGACCAAGGAGGAACUAGCUAAAGCUCUGGCUAAGAAGAAGGAGCUUGAGGAGAAAAUGGUUUCUCUGCUGCAAGAGAAGAAUGACCUGCAGCUUCAAGUGCAAGCGGAAGUGGAAAAUCUCUCAGAUGCGGAGGAAAGAUGUGAAGGCCUGAUCAAAAGUAAGAUCCAGCUUGAGGCAAAACUCAAAGAGACCACUGAAAGGCUGGAGGACGAGGAGGAAAUCAAUGCUGAGCUGACAGCCAAGAAGAGGAAACUAGAGGAUGAAUGUUCUGAGCUGAAGAAGGACAUUGAUGACUUAGAGUUGACUUUGGCCAAAGUGGAGAAGGAAAAACACGCCACAGAAAAUAAGGUUAAAAACCUGACAGAGGAGAUGACUGCCCAGGAUGAGGCCAUAGCCAAGUUAACCAAGGAGAAGAAAGCCCUCCAAGAGGCACACCAGCAGACCCUAGAUGAUCUUCAAGCAGAAGAAGACAAAGUCAAUACUCUGACCAAAGCCAAGACCAAACUUGAGCAACAAGUGGAUGAUCUGGAGGGUUCUCUGGAACAAGAGAAGAAGCUACGCAUGGACCUUGAGAGAGCCAAGAGGAAGCUCGAGGGAGACCUGAAACUGGCCCAGGAAUCCAUAAUGGAUCUGGAGAAUGACAAACAGCAGUCAGAGGAGAAGAUCAAGAAGAAGGACUUUGAGACAAGCCAGCUUCUUAGCAAAAUUGAGGAUGAACAAUCACUUGGUGCUCAACUACAGAAGAAGAUUAAAGAACUCCAGGCUCGUAUCGAAGAGCUGGAGGAGGAAAUUGAAGCUGAACGUGCUGCUAGGGCCAAGGUGGAGAAACAGAGGGCUGAUCUCUCCAGGGAGCUUGAAGAGAUCAGUGAGAGACUUGAAGAGGCUGGUGGGGCAACUGCUGCUCAGAUUGAGAUGAACAAGAAACGAGAAGCUGAGUUCCAGAAGCUUCGCCGUGAUCUUGAGGAGGCCACCCUACAGCACGAGGCCACUGCUGCCGCUCUUCGCAAGAAGCAGGCCGAUAGCGUGGCAGAGCUGGGAGAACAAAUCGACAACCUUCAGCGUGUCAAGCAGAAACUGGAGAAGGAGAAGAGUGAAUACAAAAUGGAAAUCGACGAUCUAUCCAGCAACAUGGAGGCUGUUGCCAAAUCAAAGGCUAAUUUGGAGAAAAUGUGCCGGACCCUUGAAGAUCAGAUGAGUGAACUCAAGAGCAAGAAUGACGAAAAUGUUCGUCAGCUGAAUGACAUUAGUGCACAAAAAGCCAGACUUCAGACAGAGAACGGUGAAUUCAGUCGCCAACUGGAAGAGAAGGAAGCUCUAGUUUCUCAGCUGACGAGAGGCAAACAGGCCUACACUCAGCAGAUCGAAGAGCUCAAGAGGCACAUUGAAGAGGAAGUAAAGGCCAAGAAUGCCCUGGCCCACGCUCUGCAGUCAGCCCGCCAUGACUGUGACCUGCUCCGUGAGCAGUAUGAGGAAGAGCAGGAGGCCAAGGCUGAACUGCAACGUGGAAUGUCCAAGGCCAACAGCGAAGUGGCUCAGUGGAGAACCAAAUAUGAAACCGAUGCCAUCCAGCGCACCGAGGAGCUUGAGGAGGCCAAGAAAAAGCUUGCCCAGCGUCUGCAAGAUGCAGAGGAAUCUAUUGAAGCUGUGAACUCCAAGUGUGCCUCUCUGGAGAAGACCAAGCAGAGGCUGCAGGGUGAAGUGGAGGAUCUCAUGAUUGACGUGGAAAGAGCAAAUGCCUUGGCUGCUAACCUGGACAAGAAGCAGAGAAACUUUGACAAGGUUCUGGCUGAAUGGAAACAGAAGUACGAGGAAAGCCAGGCAGAGCUGGAAGGAGCUCAGAAAGAGGCUCGUUCUCUCAGCACUGAGCUCUUCAAGAUGAAGAACUCCUACGAAGAAACCUUGGACCAUCUGGAGACCAUGAAGAGAGAGAACAAAAACUUGCAGCAGGAGAUCUCAGACCUGACUGAACAGAUUGGUGAAACUGGAAAGACCAUUCAUGAGCUGGAGAAGGCUAAAAAGACAGUGGAGACUGAGAAGUCUGAAAUACAAACUGCCCUUGAAGAAGCUGAGGGCACACUGGAGCAUGAGGAAGCCAAGAUCCUUAGAAUCCAGUUGGAGCUCAACCAGGUCAAGGGAGAAAUUGACAGGAAGCUCGCUGAGAAGGAUGAGGAGAUAGAGCAGAUCAAGAGGAACAGUCAGAGAAUCAUUGACUCCAUGCAGAGCAGUCUCGACGCUGAAGUCAGAAGCAGGAACGAUGCUCUGAGAGUCAAGAAGAAGAUGGAGGGAGAUCUCAAUGAGAUGGAGAUCCAGCUCAGUCACGCCAACCGCCAGGCUGUUGAGGCCCAGAAACAACUGAGGAACGUCCAGGGACAGCUCAAGGAUGCCCAGCUGCACCUUGAUGAAGCCAUCAGAGGACAGGAGGACAUGAAGGAGCAGGUUGCUAUGGUGGAACGACGGAACACCCUGAUGCAGGCUGAGAUUGAGGAGCUGAGAGUUGCUCUGGAGCAGACGGAGAGAGCCCGCAAAGUGGCCGAGCAGGAGCUGGUUGAUGCCAGUGAGCGUGUCAGUUUACUGCACUCCCAGAAUACAAGUCUCAUUAAUACCAAGAAAAAGCUUGAAGCUGACCUUGUUCAGAUCCAAGGGGAGGUUGAAGACACCAUUCAGGAAGCGAGAAAUGCUGAAGAGAAGGCCAAGAAAGCCAUCACUGAUGCUGCUAUGAUGGCAGAGGAGCUGAAGAAGGAACAGGACACCAGCGCUCACCUGGAGAGGAUGAAGAAGAACCUGGAGGUCACAGUCAAGGACCUUCAGCAUCGUCUGGAUGAGGCUGAGAGUUUGGCCAUGAAGGGUGGAAAGAAACAGCUCCAGAAACUGGAAGCAAGGGUGCGUGAGCUGGAAAGUGAGGUUGAAGGUGAACAGAGACGUGGAGCCGAUGCCAUCAAAGGAGUCCGUAAAUACGAAAGGAGGGUCAAGGAGCUCACCUACCAGACUGAGGAGGACAAGAAGAACAUAACCAGACUGCAGGAUCUUGUUGACAAGCUGCAGCUGAAAGUGAAGUCCUACAAGAGGCAGGCUGAGGAAGCUGAGGAGCAGGCCAACACCCACCUGUCCAGGUACAGGAAAGUACAGCACGAGCUGGAGGAAGCUCAGGAACGUGCCGACAUCGCCGAGUCUCAGGUCAACAAGCUGAGAGCCAAGAGCCGUGAUGCUGGCAAGGCCAAAGAAGCAGAAUGAAGGUCAAGACCCUGAUGAAACAGAGUAACAAGCGAUCGUACAAUAUGAAUUUCUUGUGAAAUGUACUUCUGGAAAUCAUCAGUCAAUAAAGUCAGCGUUUCAUUAUCA